CUACACGUUCAUUAAAUAACUAUUUUUUCUAUUACAAACUGUGAUUACAAAUAAUAAUUUGUCUUCCAAGUGGCCAAAAUAGAGAUUUAAAUUCCACUGUUAGGCUGUUAGGAGUAAAGUAGUCUUUUUAAAAUAAGAGAGAUAAAUAACUCAACUCCUAACCUCACAAUCAAAGUUGUCAAACGUCAAAAUGAUCGAAGCGUAAGGUUAUGUUGUGGCCCCAAAAUGCUCUAUAAAGACAUUUUUAACAUUGUGACUCUAAUCGCUAACGACAAGUACAGCCGUUUUGCGGCCCUUGCUAUAACAAUAUUCUCCGCAUUUGUAACAAUAUUUGUUAGUUUCUUAGCCGGUGUUAUAAUUUACGGAGGCUACAUAUUAGGAUGUUUAGUGUCUUGGUGUUUUUUAAAAUACCAGAACACAGCUUCAGCGUAUCUUUCGAGUUUGGUCAGUUUUUGUUAUGGGAGUCAUUCCUCUAAAAAGAAACUGAAGCAGUCAUGCAGCAUUUGUGAUGAUUUGUCUUGUAAGAGGCACCAACAAAAUAAAGUUGUAACACCGUGGAACGAUUUGUACAUUCCCAAAGAACUUAAUACUGUGAUUGAAAACUUUUAUAAUAAAAUAUUGGAGUCGUUCAUAAUUUCGUGGUACGGGCAAUUUACUUCAGAUGUGGAUUUCAUAAAUGAGUUGCGUUAUUGUUUACAAUACGCUAGUGCAGCUGUAAUAAACCAGUUUCUAAAUCUAGACCAUGCAAAUGUAAUAUCCAGAAAACUGCUCCCCUGUGUUGUCAAACAUAUUGAUGAUUACAUGUAUAUGCAACAGAUAAUUAAAUUGAAAAAAACAAGACUAAACGAUGUUAUUGUCGAAUAUUUGGGUACGAGACUUCAUGCAGCAACAGUUAACAGAAAAUGUGAAUUAAAGUAUCUCCAACAUUUAUCAUCUUCUCUAAUUCCUCAUAUUUUACCCGACAAAUAUUUAAAAUGCCAGAAUUAUGUAGUUUUAAUUCGUGAAAUAUUAGCAGGGUGGGUUUUCUUACCCUUGAUGGAUGUCCUAGCUGACCCAAACAUAAUAAAUUCUCUCGUAAUACUCGCAGCGACAUACCGUUCAAAUCAAACGAGACAUAAACAUACCCCCGAAAAAGUGAAAUUUUUAGAGAACUUUGUCGUAAAUAACCAGCAGAAAUCGUCAUUUGCUACUGACUUAAACACAAUAAAAGGAAACACAGAGUUAUUGUACGCUUUUAUGCAGUUUUUGAAACGAGAAGAGCAUGUCCAUCUGUUGCAAUUCUGUUUGGACGUUGAUGAAUUUAACAAUAAAUUGCUCACUCCGGAUCUGACUAAAAAACAACUUGAAGAACUCCAUUCCGAAGCUUUGACGCUGUAUAAAGAGUAUUUGAACAGAAAUACGAUCAAUUUUAUCGGUUGUUCCGAUGAAAUUAUUGAAAAUUAUUAUUCACUUCUCAAAGAUGGGGUGUACAACGUUGCUAAAUUAAGAACCUCGAAACCCUUAUACCAGGCCUAUGAACACACAUUCACUGUUCUGGAAAAGGUUUGGUUACCGUCGUUUUUUCACAGCAAUGAGUUUUAUAGUUUCAUCUGCGGUGCGAAAGUCACAGCUGUUUACAGUAAGGGGGCUGCCACAAAAUCUCUAGUUAACUUUGGCUCACCUUUAAAGUCUCGGAGGAAAUAUUACGAAACACCUAGUCAAGGCACUGUUGCUAAAAUCAGUAGUGGUAUUGGUAAAUUAAGAGGAGCUUUGAAGGUAGCUCAACCGAUAGAUGGCGCCAUACAUCCUCCCGAAACUCAGGGAAUUGAAAAUGGGGCUGUGGAAGAUAUCAUUAUUUCUGAAUGCGGAAAUAUUUUUCGAGAUUUGAGUUCUUGGAGAGUCUCAAUAUUGUCAUAUCAGAUAAAUAACAAAGUUGUAAGUUUCUGCAUAAACGUACAAAGGCUAGACGUUGUCGAAGAUGUUACCAAACGACAUUGGAUAGUUUUAAGAAAAGAUCAAGAUUUUUACACGCUUAAAGCAAAACUUGUUGAAUUUCAUGGAGAAAAUGAAAUUUCGGAUACUCCACUUCCUUCUAGAAAGGCUGGGAGUGCUAUUGAGGUUCGAAUGAAGAAAUAUGAAGAAUUCCUUACCAAACUGCUCCAGAAACCUUUACUAAGGGGUAGCGAUUUGUUAUUUUCGUUUCUAACAGCAGAAGAAGAUUUUACAGUUUUGAUUGCAACAAGUACGCAAAAUGCCCAAGAUUUUGGAAACAUUUAUCAAUCAGUUGCUCAUAAAUUAAGGAAAGAGAAAGGACAACAUUUGGAUCCUUUUAUGGGAACGUUUUUACUGUCAACGGGAAAAACAAAAUCUGGAAAAUUUGAGUGGGCCGAAAUUGGUGAUGAAGUGAGUACCAAAAUAAUUGAAAAAACGACACCCUUGCCCAAAACAUUUAGAAAUCAUGUUUUUAAUGACAACUUUGGCACUACUUUUAAAGAUCUCAAAGAGUCUUGUAAUACUUCGUUUAAUCCGAUUGGAAUGAUCCAGUGUAUUUUUUACUUACUGAAGUAUGUGUUUAAAUUGCCACAUUAUUUAUUAAGAUUUUAUGCUGCCAUAUGUAGCGUAGCACAGGAAGCGGUAGAGGCAUUUUCCAGUGUUUACAUUGAACGAAGAUUGAAACAUAGUUUGUCCCCCUCAAAUUUAACAUAUUUGGUCCAAUUAUUGGAAGAUGUAAUUUUUAAUUCGCGAACUUCACCCACUAAAGAAGAACUAAUUGAACGGCGAAACAGAGCUUUUGCACUGUUAAAUAAUGUUGUACCCUCAUACUUAGAGUGUAUUAUUGGCAAGGAUGUCAAUGAAGGCUUAAAAAUGUUUCUCGAAAUUUUGCAACAUCCACAUUACAACAAACAUCUUGUGUAUAAUCUAUUGGACUUAAUAUUGUGUGAAAUGUAUCCUACUUUACAAAAUAUUGGAACAAAGUAGUUUUUAAUUUGUUUUAUUACGUCAUAUAAUGUGAUUAUUUCUGUGAUUAAAUUUUUAAAACAAAAUAGGGCUUUUUCACUCAUAGUAAAGCUUGUAAACAAUCAAUAUAAAUAAAGCAAAGAAAGCA